GCUGCUGGUUGCAUAAUGUCAUCUACUGAAGUCAAAAAAGGCUUUCUUCAUGGUGUGGUAGUACCAACAGUUCUAAUAGCAUCCCCUUUCUGGUGGCCAGUUGUGUUGUUAGUUUGCCUCCAACCAAGCAUCUGCCAGUCUAGAAAUGGCUCUUCCCAAGAGGGAAGAUGUCUCUGCGCCUCGGACAUCCUCAGCUGCACUGCCCUGGGUCUGGAGCAAAUCCCUAAAGAAAUGCCUGUCUCUGCUGUCACUUUGGAUCUCAGCCAUAAUCAGAUUGCACAAUUGAAGGAGGCUAGUUUUUUGGGGCUUUCUCGCUUGGAAACAUUACGGAUAUCACAUAAUCAGCUGACUUCUAUUGAGCCAAGAGCGUUUCAUAAUAGCUCUGGAACAUUGCUCAGACAUUUGGAUCUUUCAUCAAAUCAUCUGUGUGAUUUAGAGCAACAUUAUUUUAUAGACUUACCAGGACUGGAGGAACUGCUGCUCUUCAACAACCGUAUUGUUCGUGUUGAAAGUGCAGCCUUUGCCAAACUAAGUAACCUUCGCAAGGCCUACCUCAGCCAUAACCGUCUCACUGAUUUCCCUUUCUUUUCGAUACAAAAGCACACGCAUCCACAACUAGUCCUGCUUGAUCUGUCAUCAAAUCGUCUGCCUAAGCUACCCCUGGAGGACAUAUCAAACUUACCCAUCACAGUGCAGAAGGGACUCUACCUUCACAACAACUCCCUGGUGUGUGAUUGUUCUAUGUACGGACUGUUCCAUAAAUGGGCAGAGCGAAACUUCACUUCAGUAACAGAUUAUAAAGAGGAGCACACAUGUCUCGUCUAUGGGAUGCAGAAAGGUACUGUGCGUUUCUUUAAGCAUGACCGUUAUUUUGAAAAAUGCGACUUCACUGGGAUGAAGUUGCCCCUCACAGAGCAGGAGGGGAGUGUUUUGGCCAGUGCUGGGAGCGCAGUUCUGCUGCACUGUGUAACUACUUUGACAGGACAACAUGUGACCUUCUUUUGGGUGUCACCACAUCAGGAGUAUGUGGCACCCCCAGGAAACAGUGACUCCCUAAAAAUGUACAGCAAUGGCAGCUUAGAGAUCAGGGAUGCCCGUGCAGCAGAUUCUGGCAUGUACCUGUGUAUGGCUGUGGACGAUCGACAACAGCGCAAUGAAACCAGGGAGGUGAAUCUGACCGUGGUAAUGCACCAGAGUCAUGAACCCCAUGAGUCAUUCAACACUGGCUUCACCACUCUGCUGGGCUGUGUGGUGAGCUUGGUCCUAGUCCUCAUGUACCUUUAUCUGACACCCUGCCGCUGCCCUCCCUGUCGAAAAGCCCCUCCUCCUCCUGCUACUAUCCCAGGUCAGACUAAUGAGGCAGGGGCAGGGAGUGCCCAAUCCUCUAUUCUCACCCCCACUCCUCCAACGACAACUGAAGGCCCUGGUCGCAAGAUUUACUCAUCUAAUGUCUACUCUGCACCACCAACCUAAAAAAUCACUGUUUUAACAUUUUGCACUUUUCAGUAUUUAUUUGUCCUCUAGUGCCAUAUUUUUUUUCCCUCCCUUUUCCUCCUGUUUCCUCACUGUUUUUCUCUCAGAAUUUCCUCUCCAUUGAGUUGGAUAACUGUUGGCAUCUCCCACCCCAUGUCCAGCUUCGGUCGUUGCUGCCUCUAUGGUUUCCACGGUAACAGAAGACCACCAGGAUGUCUGAAAAUCUGCUACAACACCAACAAUGACACACACAGGAGAGUGUGCACAUUGCGGUGAAAACAUCAUUAUGUAUUUAAUUUUUUCUGUGUCAAAACGUGCACAGCUUGAAUGAUUAGCACAAC